AGCUCUAUGACAACCAUAAAUAGACGAAUGACCAGAUAUUUCAACAUCGUUGACGUGGGCGCCAUCGUGUUGACAACUUUUUCAGAGGUAGUUGAUAUAAUUUACAAGUGCCAGGCCAGUUGUGUUGGUUUAUGCAUAAACAACGUUCAUUAAACUAUGUGAACACUCAAUGGAAGCACGGAUGUGAUAAACCGUGGCACAAUGACCCAACGGACUCCUAAACCUGAAUAAGCUCAGAGGGACAACCAUAUUGACUCAAAUCAAAGGAAUCGAUCGUAGUCUGUACGUUGUCAUCGGGUUUACAGCAAGUUUAGGUCAUUUCGCUGUGCUAGGCAAGCUUGUUGGCCGGUAAUCUCUACUAGAAAGAAUCUGAUCAAUAUUCCCAUCGUUACUCACGGCGGUCGUCUGUACCCCACACUAGCAGACGACACACCUGUCACUGCGCCGCCAUCUUGGAUCCGGUGAAACAACUUCAGAGAGAUGUUGUCAAGCUUGGAGGAUGUGUAGACGAAUGAGGAAAGGAGAUUCAACAGGCUUGUAAAGAAUGGUUGUCACCAGACCAAAUGGCUGACGUCACCGAUGAUACUAAUGACGUUACAAGAGGCAUGAAAGACGUUUCAAGUCGGGCAACUAACGUUGUUCAUGACCUUAGCCCUGCUAUUAGUGCACUCGCUGUGGACCGUGAUGCCGGACAAGUUGGUGUCGAGACGUUCACUUUGAUUGUUAUCUGGAUUUUGGCGGUGACGGGAAACUCAUUCGUUUGUAUUGUCAUUAACAGAAGUCGUAGAAUUCAAUCAACAACUAAUUAUUUUGUCAUUUCCCUGGCGUGCUCCGAUUUAGCUUUGGCGUUACUAUGUAUUCCUUUCAUCGCCUCGCGCGUUAUCACAAGCCGUUGGUUGCUUGGAGACGCGAUAUGCAAAUUUGUUCGAUUUGUACAAUUCCUUGUGCCUUGUGUCAACAUGUACACCUUGGUUUCAAUAGCCAUUGAUCGGUUUUACACCAUCAUUUAUCCCCUUAGUUUUAAAGUGACUAAAGGCACUGCCAAACGAAUGAUCACGUUUAGCUGGGCGUCUGCGGCCAUCCUCAGCGGAUUCUGCUUUUAUUUCUACGACGUUAUUUCUGACGUUGACGGCACAGGGCGAAACGUGUGCCCUACGUACGUCUCAACUGGGUCUUGGUCCGGGAUUGUGUAUAUUUUGUUCGUAUUCGCAUGCGAAGUCGUUAUUCCAUCUACAAUCCUAUUAACGUGCUACAUUCGGGUGUUCAAACAUAUUUGGAGGAUCCACCUGGGGUCAAGGUUAUUACAAAGGACGAUGAACCCAGUUCCAAGGACAAAGGUCAAGGUCGUGAAGAUGAUAAUAAUCGUGACCUUGCUUUCCGUGUUGUUUCAUAUGCCUUUUUAUGUUUGUCAACUGUGGUAUUGUCUCGCUCAGCCGUCCCGCGCGGAUCCAGCGUUGUAUAUCGCCGUGGCCUGGGUCAUGUGUGGAACUGGAGUGACGAAGCCGUUCGUGUAUCUGUGCUACAACUCGAACUUCCGACGGGGAUGCAAGGAGGUUUUGUGCAUGUCUACAAUGCGUUGUUACCGUAGCAACACUUACGCAAUCACAAACACAUCCUCGUUUGGGAAAAAGAACCACAUCGGGGUCAUGGAAACAAGUGUUGCCGAUCAAGGAAUUCGAGAUUCUCCGUCCAAAUCAUUCAAUCGAUUACACAUGUUGGAAAAAGGUGCCUGGCCUCUUCCGUCCGUGACGUCAUCAACCUAUAUUUAGAUCAUUUCGUGUUGUGCUUUAUUUAUGUGUAAUUGUAUUUGUUAACCAUGGUGCCUGAAGUAUUUUUUUUAAAUGUCAUUGUAAAAUUGAAACAAUAUUAUAUACGCAAUUUUCAUUUUCUACAUAAGAAUCUAUGUCCCCGUCCCAACAGCAAUUCUUGCCGAGUUCCAGAAUUUGGGGAAGCCUAUCAAAAGGAUUUAUAGUUUAAAACACUUGGUGGAACAUAAAUAUAAAUGAACAACAGGUCCUGCUUAAAGAUCACAGUUUCUGAUGUGCAGAGAAAGUCCAUGCCUUUUUGUAUGGAAACUAUAUAUUAUUUAUGAUUAAACACAGUUUGCAGUUGUUUUUUUUAUAAGUUCCUUUGUAUAAAUAAUGAAAUUAUGUACGAAACUAUGUAUUUAAUUUUUUCCAUUUUGCAAUAAACUGGCACUUAAGCCAGGGACAAUUACAAGAAUAUGCGAUCGUGGAUUUUAUUACGGAAAUUUUUACUUAACGAGCAUAAUUUGUAACUUUUACUAUGAAGGAGUCCAAUUUGACCCAGUUUACUGAACAUUACUUAGUUGUUACAGUGAGUGAGUGAGUUUGGUUUUACGCCGCUUUUAGCAAUAUUCCAGCAAUAUCACGGCUGGGGACACCAGAAAUGGGCUUCACACAUUGUACCCAUGUCGGGAAUCGAACCCGGG